AUGGCGCAGGCGAGCGAUGCACAGCACCCAGAUUUAGAGAACUGCCGGAGAGCAAAGCUGCGAGGAAGGCGACGCCCGCCAUCGCGUACGCAGAAGGAGGCGGGUGCUGAUGGGGAAAAGGCGGACGAAAAGGCGGACGGACCGGUGGGGUCGACGUUGAUGUAUGCGAGGGAAUUGGUGAAGGAGUGCGAUAAAACCAAGGAUGGACGUAUAACUUUUGCGGAGUUCGAGGGGUUUGUACAUACGAAGGAACGGGAAUUGGAGGAGGUGUUCCGCAAGGUGGACACGACCGGCGAUAACACAAUUCAGUACGACGAACUAGGGCACUUCAUCAAAGCAUCUGGCAUCCAUGUCACAGACGAAGAACUCCGCAAUCUUAUGACACGCUUCGAUCGAGACCGCGACGGGAGUAUCACGUUCAGUGAAUGGCGGGAUUUCCUGCUCUUGCUGCCCCAUGCCGUUACGGGGCAGAAUGUUUUCAACUACCUGAACAGCGUGUAUAAUCUGGACGUCAACUCGGACUCGAUGCCGUUUCCUGAUGAUGUGCGGAAUGCGGACUCCGUGGUUAGCCAGAGAGUCAGAUACUUUUUAUGUGGUGGGCUGAGUGGGGCAGUGAGCCGGAGUGUUACGGCGCCAUUGGACCGAUUAAAGGUCCUUCUAGUCACACAAACCCCAACAUCACCAUCCGCCUCCGCAUCAUCUGCCAAAUCAAAAACUUCUGCCCUCCUCACCGGCAUCAAGCAAAUCUACGCCCAGGGCGGCAUCCUCUCCUUCUACCGCGGCAACGGCAUCAACGUGCUCAAAAUCGCCCCGGAAUCCGGCAUGAAAUUCUUCACCUUCGAAACCAUGAAACAAGCCGUCGCAAAAGUUGAGGGCGCCAACCACAUCGACUACAUCAGCGUGCCAGGGCGAUUCGUAGCAGGUGGCGUAGCUGGGCUGAUUAGCCAGUUUACUAUAUAUCCGCUGGAAACGCUCAAGACGCGGGUUAUGACGCAGAUUGCAGAGGCAAAGGCUCCACAUCACCUCCCAUCCACCACAACCACCCCCGCCCACCCCCGCCUCCUCACCACCAUCCUCCAAAUGUACCGUGAAAAUGGCAUCCGCACCUUCUACCGCGGCUGCAUCCCCUCCCUGAUCGGAAUCGUGCCCUACGCGGGCAUCGACCUCGCCACCUACGAGACGCUGCGCAGCGGGUAUGAGAAGCGGUUGAGGGCAAAGACAGGCGAUCCAACGGCGAAGGCUAGUAGUGUGCGCCUGUUAGGGUUUGGCGCCGUUAGUGCGGCGACGGGAGCGGUGGUUAUGUAUCCGUUGAGUGUUAUUCGAACUAGACUGCAAGCACAAGGAACCCCCUCCCACCCGCAACGCUACACCAACUCCUUCGACGUGAUCCGCAAAACAUACGCGCGCGAAGGCGUCUUUGGAUUCUACCGCGGCCUCGCCCCAACGUUGAUGAAGGUCCUGCCCGCUGUCUCGAUUAGUUAUGUGGUUUAUGAGAAGACUAAGAGUGCGAUUUGA